AUGGCUCUGCUCAAGCUCUCUCUAAUGGCUUUCAGUUUUGUCUUCUGGGCAGCGGGGCUGACUAUGCUUACCAUUGGCAUUUGGGCCAAGAUUUCACUGGGCACCUACCUGGUGUUGUCUACCAAUGAGUAUCCUAAUACUCCCAUCAUCUUGUUGGCUACUGGCACUGCAGUCAUUGUGUGGGGCUUUCUGGGUUGUGUCAGUGCAGCAACUGAACACCGUUGCCUGCUGCGCACCUAUGGGGGCUUUCAGCUGGCUGUGUUGGUGGCUGGCCUAGCAGCAGGACUCUCAAGCUUAUUUUACCGCAAGGAUAUUGCUGAAGGUUUCCAGAAUGGGCUGCGAGAAGCCAUACGUUCCUACACGGAGGAUGAGGAAAAGGCAGAGGCCCUGGAUUCUCUCCAACGUACCUUGGACUGCUGUGGAGUAGAGAGUUACCGUGAUUGGUUUUCCUCUCCCUGGGCUAUGGAGCAACAAGCACCCAAUGGUUCAGUGCCCAUGAGCUGUUGUCGGACCCGUAAAGGUUGCCUGCACAGUCCUCUUGCCUCAGAUGCCCGGGGCAUUUACCGCAAUGGAUGCUUCAGCAAGGUCUACCACUUUGUCAGUGACAACAUGUUCUACAUUGCCACUGCUGCGCUUGGGCUGGCACUCAUGCAAGCAGUGGGCAUUGUGCUGGCCUGUCUGCUGGCCGCUCGCAUUUCGCCACGUGCUGAGCCACUUGGAGGGGUCACUCCGCGCUGA